UUAGUGAACCAGGGGGGACCAUUUCACACAGGACCAGUGAAGCAGCAGCAGACGGGAAAUAAUCCUGUGGCGCUGGUGGCGUUGAUAUUGUGAGCGAUUUCGUCCCAGUGCACAUAUUCUAUUGGAAGGGCGUCAAAGGUCGCGGAUGUUAGGACGGCUAUGGUGACGGCGACGUACAUGGAUGUGGUUAUUGAUCCGGGGUUAUUUCGGGGCAGGAAUUGUAUGCGGAAUCGUAGGGUUUUAUGUUAAUGAUGCAGACCACCGGGUUUCUUGCCGGUGCUGGGGCGAUGAAGACGGAGGUCUGACGGUGUUGUGUAUAUGGUUCCCUAAAGAGUGUGGGCUGACGGGGAUCUCGAUAGACAUACAUAGAUCACAGCGAUGUACCCUCGCAAGCACAACAUGACUAGUGCAACCAUGAACACUGAUUUUGUGAACAGUAC